AAAGAAGAUAACUCCCUCCCACCACGUUCCCUGUUUAAAAAAAAAGUUGCAAGUGUGUUAGGACCAGAGCACCAAGAAUGGUCUCGAUCAUUAUCAUGAGCCAUAUAUCAAACGAAAGAAGCACAUCAGGAUUUUUGAAGAUUUAACUUUAUUAUCAAUUAGUAAGACCUUACGAUUUCAAAUGCUCUAUUACACACAAGUCUAUGUACAUUGCAUACCGAUAUUAGUAAAUGAAGAUGAUGCUAAUCAUUUGAUAUGCAGAUAAUCGGACAAAAUAGGGUUGUUGUUUUAGAUCAAAGCUUGUGUCAGUCAGUAUUCAUUGUCUUCUUUACAACUUAGAAAAGGUCGUACCAUGUUGUGUUGUGCUGAGUAGACCGAACCAACUUAUAAUAAUUUAAGUCCCAUGGACUAUAACUUAACCAAAAAUAGAUAUGGGGUUAAAUCGAAAACUAUUAAAACAAUAACCCAGAUUUUGCAAUUAUUUCCAUUUUUUCAUAAACCCUAAUACGUUCCGACAUCGAAGGUGGGUUUCAGUUCAGCUGUUCUGUCUUCCUUUCUGCUAAGUUUUGUUUCGAGCCGAGUCCUCUUCAAUGGAGUCUCUAGAGGGUAUUGAAGCAGACUUCGAAUCGUAUCUCAACAACGAACAUGAUCAAGAGAGACCAUCAUCGGACGGCUGCAAACAAGUCCCGUGGCUGAACUGGGAAGAGUGGGACUCCGUCAGAGAGUCUCUCUUCUCUUCUUCUCCUGAUAGAUUCGCUUUCGCCUUGCAAAGGGUUAGGACAUGGAGAAGCAGAGGGUGUAUUCCAGGGCCUGUUGAUGUCACUUGCACCCUUCUUGAAAUCCAGCUCAAAGAUGGCUUUAUUGAGCGAGAGGAACAACCAGCAGAUGCAUUGUAUUCAGAGCAUUUACUGCAGAUGCUUUACACAAUGGGAAUACUCAGGCUUGUGAACUGUCUAAUAGAGAAGACAAGGAAGAGAGACGAAGUUUCAAUUGCGGUUGCUGCUAGAGCAAUGGGUAUCCCUCGUAAAUUGAUCGAUCUUCGUCAUGAGGGUUCUCACCGUGAGCUCCCUUCUCUCCUUGUGCUUCGAGAUGCUUCAUAUGAGGCACUUGAAUGGUUGAAAUCUUUUUAUUGGGUUCCUCAAAAGGCACAAAUUCGAUUGAAGAGAGAUGGAACUGCUAGCAUCAGAAGAGAAGUCAAAUCCAAACUCAGGAAACUCUCUUUCUGCUUCCAGCUUAAGCAGAAUCCUCAGUAUGAUUCCCCUUUGGUCAAAGAAAAAUGUUCUAAUAAAAGGACAAGGAAGAUUGUGAGCAGCCUUGUUGAGCUAUACCCUUCCUUCUCAGCAGAGAUCUCAUCUGUGCUGCUUGAGUUCUUACUCAAGGCCUUGGAUUCUUCAAAGUCGGCAGAACUUGAGAAUCAGUCUGGCCAAGAUAUCAGGGUCUUUCUAGAUGUGUGGAAGCCUGUAAUCAUGGUGUUAUCCAACAGAGAACCCGAGUUGCUUUUGACUCUACUCAAGUCAGUUCUUGAUAUGAUCCAGAAUAAUGAACAGAGAAGAUAUGAAACAGAUGUGAAUCUUACAGAUAAGUCAGCAGAAGAAGUUUCUCAAGCUGAGCAGCUCCCUUGCUUGUUUGCAUGGCUUGUGGGUCUUCUCACUGUGUCAAAGCACUUUCAGAGGAACAGUUCUCUAGAAGCGACACCACCAAGCGCUUUCCUUAUGGAACUUAUACGCAAAUGUCUGCUGCUAGGAGCCUUGGGACAUGAGCUGGUUUUGAAAUCAGGUUGUGUGCUUGGGGAUAUUGUGGGAGGGCGUGUCUUGAAGGAGAAGCUGAAAAGCCUCCCUCUCGUUGAUAAAAGCUCCACAAGUGUUCCAUCAAAGCCGAGUUCUCCUACGACGCUCCUUGAGCAACAAGAGAAGAAUCUAAGAAGUGCAGGCAAGAGACUUGAGUCUGUCAAACUUCAGCUCUCAAAGAAGAAAGGAAAUGAGACGGAGAAAGCUAAUAAGAGAUGGAGAAAGGCGAGAACAUGGAGCACUUGUCCAAUUGGUAUGUUGCCUCGGAUCAUUGGAUCUUCCGGACGUUUACCUCUUCUGGACAACCUGGAUGCUCAUAUGAUCUCAAAACAAGCACAAGGGAACAACAAUGUGAAAAGAGUAGCAGAGUGCAGUACUCAGCAGUUGGAGAACUCAGCAUUCAAGAGAGCAAGGAAGAGUACAGAGGAUCUCAGCUCAAAUGAAGCGACAUUGGAAGCACAUGAGGAAGAAGCUGAGAUGGAUAAAGAACAGUCAGAUGAGGAAACUGAAAGUGAAUCAGAAGGGAAUCUGAUGUUGGAGGAUGUAGAGGAGGGUAUAGGCUACCUUAGGAUAGGUGAUGUGUGGAAAAGAGUAAAAGAUGGAGAGCAAUUGGUAAUGGCUUCUCAAGUUAAAAUGUGUGUUUGAUUGAAAUUUUUUGAUAGUCUUCCAAGCAUUUACUAUUAAACCUUUAUUUUAAUGUGACAUCCUUUUUAAGAAAAUAGUUUAUAUUAUAGUUGAUCAAUUUUUACAAU